AUGCAGAAGCAACCACCUGAUUGGAAGAACCAACUACUGACGACAAGUUGGUUAUGUCCAUCUUAUUGGCAUGCAAUGAAUUUGUGUGCCGAGGUCAUACACCAACGUCUUUGGCACUUAUCAGAGAUAAAAAAGGAUGACCGUCUCCACAAUAUUGAGGAGAGUCCAAGAGAAGCUCGCGCUUGUCGAGCAUUCGAGCUUUCACGAUGGUUAGCGAAGCAAUUUCCAGCUAAAUCAAAUCGGUGCACACCGUCUCGUGUUUUUGGUGGGAAUGCUGAUGGCGAUGGUACUGAAAAGACCCCUCGAACUCGUCGUCGCGACGCUCGACGUGCAGCCCAUCGAACGCAAAAGGAGAUCUCCCAUUCACAUCAUCCCGAGGACGUUGAAAAUAUCGAUCCCUCCUUUUGGACUGCCGCUCAAAUCGCCAGUCAUUUCUCCCACAUCACUGGAAGCGAAGCGAAGCGUAAGUUUCUGUUUAAACAAUUUGGUUAUUCUACUCCCAAUUCCGCUGAUGCGCUAUCUCUGUCUGUCUGUCUGUCUCUCUCUCUCUUCUUUUAA